AUAUGCAUGUAGACGAUGAUUUUGCAUAUGAUCAUCUCCUUGGUAACGGUGCGACCGAGUUGAGCAAUGGACUCGUGUCCUUCUUACUGCAAGUUAAACAACCGUUUUGACAUAGCAAAGCAGAUGCGUGGCAUUACCCCAAACCUCUAGAGCCCCCCAUCAGCCACGUUCACCCCAUCACAUGUCACAUCCUCCUCUCUCUGCCUCCUCAUUCACCUUCCAACCCUCCCUCUAUAUAACCCUGAUUUCCCUCCAAACAGAAACCGAAUACCAAAAAGAGUGUUUACUUCAUUGCAUCAAACUUUGUGAGAACAACUAGAGGUUGGAAAUUAAGAAAUGGCAUCGGAACAGGAAAAACAAGACCCCCAGAAGAGAAAGGAGCUCGACGAGAAGGCAAGGCGGGGAGAGACCGUCGUUUCCGGUGGUACUGGUGGCAAUAGCCUUGAAGCACAGGAGCACCUUGCUGAAGGGCGGAGCCGUGGAGGGCAGACGAGGAAGGAACAGAUAGGGGAAGAGGGGUACCAUGAGAUGGGAAAGAAAGGCGGGCUGAGCACCACUGACAAGCCCGGAGGAGAGCGUGCUGCUGAGGAAGGCAUCAAGAUUGACGAGUCGAAGUUCAAGACCAAGAAUCGCUGAUCAUGAUUUUGGAGCAGCAUGGGUGGCUCCCAAAACUCCAAUCCCUCUUUGGUUUUUGAUAUUUCUUGCUACGUCAGUGUCUGUAACAUAAAGUUAUACUAUUUUGCUUAUUUUUCCCUUGUAGUAGUGUUACCGAUAGUGUCUUUUUGCAUGAAGUUGUAGCUAGGAACGGUGUUUUGCUUAUUUUGCCCUUGUAGUAGACCACUCUUGUAAUCUCCUUCUUGUAUAAUUAAUGGCAUUUUUCCAUGGUUUCAUAAUAUGUUUUCUUCACACGUCCGAGCCUUUUUUCGUGUGCAACAAAAUUUUGCUUGUAGCUGUCGAGGAAUUCUUGAAUGAACAUUGUGUAUGAGGAGAGAUUUUUCAGUGUGAUCGGUAUACGGGAUAGUAUAUCACGUAUCAUUAAACAAAUGGUGAGAUAUGUGCUAAAAUUUUAAUAACUUAAAAAUUAAAAUUUCUCAUCAUUCCUAUUGUUAAAACACGUGGUGUGCUAUUUAUGUUCCCGUCGCAACUAAAAAUUUAUCGUGUACAAGGGCAGAUGAAGAAAUCGUGCAAUAUCUUGCAAAAUCGUAUUUCUAGAGACGGUUGGAGGUGGACAUUUUGGAAUAUUUGACGAGCUAAUACUCAAAAGAGGGCUUAUUACUUACACAAAUAUUGUUAUUUUCCGUCACCACAGAAAAAUGUCAUCUGCUGUUAAUUUCUUGACUGAAUUAUUAUCGUCCUUUUUUCCUUGAAUCAUUCAGCAAAUAUUCAUCACAUGACUCGAAAAAAUCCCAAUCAGUUGGAAGUAUAAACCCUCUUUUGAAACGUUUGUAGCGCAUUACAAAGGCAAGGCAGAAGAAAUUUGAACACAUGAGUCCAUGUUUCAUACAUCUUCCUUCUUAUCUCGUCAAACUCAGGCGACAAGACACAGAACACAGCAUAAAAUAUGGAUAUGAGAGCGUCUCCUUACGUUGAGGAAGAUGAAAGGAAUUGAAACGACACUAUUUAAACAAGUGUGGAUUUGAUAGUGACGACUGUGCGAGUAGAAUUUUUCUUUAAAAGGUAUUUGUCAGGGAUAUUUUCUUCUGGUUGACUACAAUAUGUUGCAGAUUGUGUCGUAUACAUGUUUAUUUUUUUUCAAUUUUCUGAAAAAGCAAUGAGAUCUUUUAAAUUAUUUUGUGAAGAAAAAGAACUUGGAGCUCAGGAAAACAAAUACUAGCCAGUAAAUUUUACUCACAUCUGCAAUGAACCUGUAUGUUUAUUUUCUUUAUCAAUGCCCAUUACCUUUUUUUAAUUUUUUUUUUUUCAUUCAAAAGUUUAAUCAAGAGCCCAUCCAUUUUUUUUAGAGUGCAGAUGGAUCUUCUCCCUUAUAUCGAACAC